UUGUCGUUUGUGAUUUCGUUUUAGUUUUGUUUUGGUUGCGCGCCUACCAUUGUGCGACUGGACGAACAAAUACGAAAAGAGAAGAACAAACAAAGUAGCCUCAAGUUUUGAGCGAGAUCUUUUCAUUGAUUGCGGAAUUCGAUCAGCUUAACGAGAAUGCGUUUCCAUCAGGGUCUUAUGCAAAUGCGCAGAUAUGCGACGGCAGUCACCCUGCGGCAAUUUGCGCACACACACACACAGGCACAGGCACGCACACAUGCACGCAAAGGCACAGAGGCGACGGUGGUGCGAACGUUGGCAAGCAGCGCAUCGCCGCUGCCGGAACUGACACAGAUAUCGGACAACGUACAGCGCGGCAACUACGCCCAGCUGAACGAUAAGGAUGUGGCCCACUUCGAGCAGCUGCUGGGCAAGAAUCACGUGCUCACCGAGGAUCUGGAGGGCUAUAACAUAUGCUUUCUGAAGCGCAUACGCGGCAACAGCAAGCUGGUGCUGAAGCCGGGCAACACGCAGGAGGUGGCCGCCAUUUUGCGCUACUGCAACGAGCGGCGGCUGGCGGUGGUGCCGCAGGGCGGCAACACGGGUCUGGUGGGCGGCUCGGUGCCCAUUUGUGAUGAGAUAGUUCUGUCCAUGCAGCGUAUGAACAAGGUGCUCUCCGUGGAUGAGGUGACGGGCAUUGCCAUUGUGGAGGCCGGCUGCAUUUUGGAGAACUUCGAUCAACGGGCACGGGAUGUGGGUCUAACGGUGCCGCUCGAUCUGGGCGCCAAGGCCAGCUGCCACAUCGGCGGCAAUGUCUCGACAAAUGCCGGCGGCGUUCGUGUCGUACGCUACGGCAAUCUGCACGGCUCCGUGCUGGGCGUCGAGGCGGUGCUGGCCAAUGGCCAGGUGCUCGACCUGAUGUCCAACUUCAAGAAGGACAACACGGGCUACCACAUGAAGCACCUGUUCAUCGGCUCCGAGGGCACACUGGGCGUGGUCACCAAGCUGGCGAUGCUCUGUCCGCACGUCUCGAAGGCCGUCAACGUCGCGUUCAUCGGACUCAACUCGUUCGACGAUGUCCUCAAGACAUUCGUCAGUGCCAAGCGCAAUCUGGGCGAGAUUCUCAGCUCCUGCGAACUCAUCGAUGAAUUGGCCCUCAACACGGCCCUGCAGCAGUUCAAGUUCCUCAACUCACCCAUCUCUGGCUAUCCGUUCUACAUGCUGAUCGAGACAUCGGGCAGUAACGGUGAUCACGACGAGGAGAAGAUCAACCAAUUCAUUACCCAAGGCAUGGAGCGUGGCGAAAUUCUGGACGGUACCGUUAGCGGAGAGCCCGGCAAAGUGCAGGAAAUCUGGAAAAUACGCGAAAUGGUGCCGCUGGGCCUGAUCGAGAAGAGCUUCUGCUUCAAAUACGACAUAUCGCUGCCGUUGCGCGACUUCUACAGCAUCGUGGACGUGAUGCGCGAACGUUGCGGCCCCCUGGCCACAGUGGUUUGUGGCUAUGGGCAUCUUGGCGACUCGAAUCUGCACUUGAAUGUUAACUGUGAGCAGUUCAACGACGAAAUUUACAAGCGCGUCGAGCCGUUCGUCUACGAAUACACCUCACAGCUGAAGGGCAGCAUCAGUGCCGAGCACGGAAUUGGUUUCCUCAAAAAGGACUAUUUGCACUAUUCCAAGAAUCCCGUUGCCAUCGAAUGGAUGCGCGAUAUGAAGAAGAUGUUCGAUCCCAAUGGCAUACUGAAUCCCUACAAGAUGUUGAAUUAAAUGCAGUUUGGAA